GGGCGUGGACUCACAACCCACAAACAUAAGGCGCAGCUGGGGGCGGGAGACAGGAGCAAAGAGCCAGGAGCAAAGAAGGAGCAGUUCCACUCUCGCCCAGUGACCGUGGACCGGCUCUCCAGCCUUCGGCUAGCGCCCAGCUCCUCCACGCUCCAGCCUCUGCUAAGUGUUGAACUAACACCCACACCCAGAGCAAGACCUAGACUCAUCUGAAGAGAAUGGAGAAGCCAACUCAUUUGAAGAAUGUAAGGUCAACCAGCAAAAUGGCAGAUCCUUGUCCCACCAUGACCAAAGCUGAAGCGUGUCAGUCUCAUGAUUGCCACAAGGGUGAUAUCACCGUGAAACCUUCCGCUCAGCAUCAGAGCAGUAGCAACUCCCAGUCAGAUGGUGGCAGCAUUGCAGGCCUCCUCAUUCAUCCCACUAAUGAGAAGAUGAGCAUCUAUCAGGCCUUCAGGAAGAAGUUACUGCCGUCAGAAACAGCCCUCCUUCUGCUUGAGGCCCAAGCUGCCACUGGCUUCAUCAUUGAUCCCGUGACAGAGCAGAAGCUGCCCGUGGAUGAGGCAUUGCAGGCUGGAAUCAUUGGAUCAGACGUGUACAAUAAACUGUUGGCUGCAGAAAAGGCAGUGUCGGGUUACAGGGACCCAUCCACGGGGAACACAAUCUCCCUCUUCCAAGCCAUGAAGAAGGAGCUGGUUGCGAGUUCUUAUGGCAUGCGCCUCUUGGAAGCUCAGCUGGCAACAGGUGGCAUCAUUGACCCAGUCUCUAGUCACCAGAUUCCCUUGGAAGCUGCCUACCAGAAAGGAAUAUUCGAUCCAGAGAUGAACAAGGUUCUCUCAAACCCCACCGAUGACACCAAGGGUUUUUUUGACCCCAACACUCAAGAGAACCUCAGCUACAUGGAGCUGAAGCAGCGAUGCACAACCGAGUCCCACUCUGGCCUCUGCUUUCUGAUCAUCACAGAUAAGGUGGUGAAAGGAGUCCAGAUAUCUACAGAUGAACAAAGCAAGAUGGCCUUUAAAAAGGCUUUGGUUUCAGUGAAUUCUGGCAGGCUCAGGGGACGAAGAGUGACAUUAUGGGAGGUCAUCAAUUCUGAAUACUUCACUGCAGAACAAAUCAGUGAAUUCCUCACAGAUUUCAAAUUGGGUAAAACCACAGUUGAGAAAAUCAUCACCAUGGCCUCCACACAAAUUCAACAGAUCGAGAAGGAGAAAAAGGUAGCCAUGUUUCAUGGCUUGAGGCGCAAAGUGUCUGCCCAGCAACUGCUAGACUCCAAGAUCAUUGAUCAGAAACUCUACCACAAACUGGAACAAGGAAUAACCAGUGUUAAAGAGGUUACUGAACUCAAGUCUGUAGAUCAGUAUCUAACUGGAACAUGCAGCAUUGCAGGGAUCCUCGUGGAGUCGACCAACGAGAAGAUGAGCAUCUACCAGGCCAUGAAGAAGCAUCUGCUGAUGCCUGGAACGGCCUUGAUCCUCUUGGAAGCUCAGGCAGCGACCGGCUUUGUCAUUGACCCGGUCAAGAACGUGAAACUGACGGUCGAUGAGGCAGUUGAGAGCUGUCUUGUUGGCAAAGAGCUCCACCAGAAGCUGCUGUCGGCAGAAAAGGCAGUCACUGGUUACAAAGACCCCUACACGGGCAACGUGAUCUCCUUGUUCCAGGCACUGAAUAAGGAUCUGAUCGUCAAGGACCAUGGCAUCCGCCUGCUGGAGGCACAGAUUGCCACGGGAGGCAUCAUUGAUCCAGUGAACAGCCAUCGUCUUCCCGUCGAAGUGGCGUAUAGGAGAGGAAUGUUUGAUGAUCAGAUGAACAAGGUUCUCUCUGAUGCUGGUGAUGACACCAAAGGCUUCUUCGACCCCAAUACGAAAGAGAACCUGACCUACCUGCAGCUGAAGCAGAGAUGUGUGAAUGAGCAAGACACUGGGCUCUGCCUGUUGUGUUUGAGAGACCUGAGUUAUAUAGACAAGCAAACAGAAGCUAAUCUCAAACAGAACAGCUUCCUGGUUACUGUGGGCAAAUUUCAAGGGAGAACCCUGACAUUAUGGGAAUUCCUCAACUCUGACUACAUGACAGAUAGAAUGAGAAAAAAGAUUGUGCAGCAGUACACCUCACACUCGAUAUCCAUCUCCCACAUCAUUACCACCUUCAGCAGGAUCAUUGAUGAGGUACAAAGGAAAUCUGAUGCCCCAUUUAGUGUUGAUGGGUUUCGAAAGAAAGUCCCUGUUCAGGAACUUGUGACCUCCGAGGUUAUCAGGAUUGAUACGUACGAAGAUCUCCAGGAAGGCAAGAUUACACUGCAAGAGCUAGUUCUGAUGGAUUCAGUGAGGAAGUACUUACAAGGUGCUAGCAGUAUAGCAGGGAUCCUUGUGGAGUCGACCAACGAGAAGAUGAGCAUCUACCAGGCCAUGAAGAAGCAUCUGCUGAUGCCUGGAACGGCCUUGGUCCUCUUGGAAGCUCAGGCAGCGACCGGCUUUGUCAUUGACCCGGUCAAGAACGUGAAACUGACGGUCGAUGAGGCGGUUGAGAGCUGUCUCGUUGGCAAAGAGCUCCACAAGAAGCUGCUGUCGGCAGAAAGGGCAGUCACUGGUUACAAAGAUCCCUACACGGGCAACGUCAUCUCCUUGUUCCAGGCACUGCAGAAGGAUCUGAUCGUCAAGGACCAUGGCAUCCGCCUGCUGGAGGCACAGAUUGCCACGGGAGGCAUCAUUGACCCAGUGCACAGCCAUCGCCUUCCCGUCGAAGUGGCGUAUAGGAGAGGAAUGUUUGAUGAUCAGAUGAACAAGGUUCUGUCUGAUGCUGGUGAUGACACCAAAGGCUUCUUCGACCCCAAUACAAAAGAGAAUCUGACCUACCUACAGCUGAAGCAGAGAUGUGUGAGUGACAAAGACACCGGGCUGAGCUUGCUAAAGAUUACAAAUGGAGGAGUGAAGAAUUGGCAAGGCUACAGCAUUGGAGAAAUAGAGAGUGCUUUUAAGCGGGAGACAAUGAAUGUUUCAUAUGGCAGGUUCAAGGGGAAGUCUGUCACAAUUUGGGAACUCAUCCACUCUGAGUACUUCUCUGAGGAGAAGAGGAAGGAGCUGAUGGAGAUGUACAGGCGGAAGGAAAUUGACAUGACGAUCAUCAUCACAAGAAUCACCACAGUCAUUGAACAAACUGAGAGCCAGGAAAGUACUGUCAGUUCCUGCAUUGUUCUUCCCACUCAGAGCACGCAGGCUUGCACUGCCGAAGAGACUGAAGCAGCCUUUCGAGAGAGAACGCUCUGCUUCUCAAUCUGGUAUCUCAUUCAUUCCAAACUUUUCACUGAAGAGGAGUGUAGAACGUUGAUGGAGAAAUACAGAAGGAAGGAGAUUGACCUGGAGUCUGUGAUCAGAACCAUCACCCGUCUCAUAGAGCAGACACAAACCCUGGUGGACACUUCCAUUACAUUCUCUGGCCUACGAGCAGAAAUCUCUCUGCAGGAACUUGUGGAGUCAGAGAUCAUUGAUCAGAAGACAUUGCUGGAGCUGCAGGAGGGGAAAAAGACCGUGCAAGAUGUGAGUGAGCAAGGUUCAGUGAAGAUCUACCUCCAGGGUUCAGACAGCAUUGCAGGGAUCCUUGUGGAGUCGACCAACGAGAAGAUGAGCAUCUACCAGGCCAUGAAGAAGCAUCUGCUGAUGCCUGGAACGGCCUUGAUCCUCUUAGAAGCUCAGGCAGCGACCGGCUUUGUCAUUGACCCGGUGAAGAACGUGAAACUGACGGUCGAUGAGGCGGUUGAGAGCUGUCUCGUUGGCAAAGAGCUCCACCAGAAGCUGCUGUCGGCAGAAAGGGCAGUCACUGGUUACAAAGACCCCUACACGGGCAACGUGAUCUCCUUGUUCCAGGCACUGCAGAAGGAUCUGAUCGUCAAGGACCAUGGCAUCCGCCUGCUGGAGGCACAGAUUGCCACGGGAGGCAUCAUUGACCCAGUGCACAGCCAUCGCCUUCCCGUCGAAGUGGCGUAUAGGAGAGGAAUGUUUGAUGAUCAGAUGAACAAGGUUCUCUCUGAUGCUGGUGAUGACACCAAAGGCUUCUUCGACCCCAAUACAAAAGAGAACCUGACCUACCUGCAGCUGAAGCAGAGAUGUGUGAGUGACAAAGACACCGGGCUGAGCUUGCUAAAGAUUACAAAUGGAGGAGUGAAGAAUCGGCAAGGCUACAGCAUUGGAGAAAUAGAGAGUGCUUUUAAGCGGGAGACAAUGAAUGUUUCAUAUGGCAGGUUCAAGGGGAAGUCUGUCACAAUUUGGGAACUCAUCCACUCUGAGUACUUCUCUGAGGGGAAGAGGAAGGAGCUGAUGGAGAUGUACAGGCGGAAGGAGAUUGACAUGACGAUCAUCAUCACAAGAAUCACCACAGUCAUUGAACAAACUGAUAGCCAGGAAAGUACUGUCAGUUCCUGCGUUGUUCUUCCCACUCAGAGCACGCAGGCUUACACUGCCGAAGAGACUGAAGCAGCCUUUCGAGAGAGAACGCUCUGCUUCUCAAUCUGGUAUCUCAUUCAUUCCAAACUUUUCACUGAAGAAGAGCGUAGAACGUUGAUGGAGAAAUACACAAGGAAGGAGAUUGACCUGGAGUCUGUGAUCAGAACCAUCACCCGUCUCAUAGAGCAGACACAAACCCUGGUGGACACUUCCAUUACAUUCUCUGGCCUACGAGCAGAAAUCUCUCUGCAGGAACUUGUGGAGUCAGAGAUCAUCGAUCAGAAGACAUUGCUGGAGCUGCAGGAGGGGACGAAGACCGUGCAAGAUGUGAGUGAGCAAGAUUCAGUGAAGGUCUACCUCAAGGGUUCAGAUAGCAUUGCAGGGAUCCUUGUGGAGUCGACCAACGAGAAGAUGAGCAUCUACCAGGCCAUGAAGAAGCAUCUCCUGAUGCCUGGAACGGCCUUGAUCCUCUUGGAAGCUCAGGCAGCGACCGGCUUUGUCAUUGACCCGGUGAAGAACGUGAAAUUGACGGUCGAUGAGGCGGUUGAGAGCUGUCUCGUUGGCAAAGAGCUCCACCAGAAGCUGCUGUCGGCAGAAAGGGCAGUCACUGGUUACAAAGAUCCCUACACGGGCAACGUCAUCUCCUUGUUCCAGGCACUGCAGAAGGAUCUGAUCGUCAAGGACCAUGGCAUCCGCCUGCUGGAGGCACAGAUUGCCACGGGAGGCAUCAUUGACCCAGUGCACAGCCAUCGCCUUCCCGUCGAAGUGGCGUAUAGGAGAGGAAUGUUUGAUGAUCAGAUGAACAAGGUUCUCUCUGAUGCUGGUGAUGACACCAAAGGCUUCUUCGACCCCAAUACAAAAGAGAAUCUGACCUACCUACAGCUGAAGCAGAGAUGUGUGAGUGACAAAGACACCGGGCUGAGCUUGCUAAAGAUUACAAAUGGAGGAGUGAAGAAUUGGCAAGGCUACAGCAUUGGAGAAAUAGAGAGUGCUUUUAAGCGGGAGACAAUGAAUGUUUCAUAUGGCAGGUUCAAGGGGAAGUCUGUCACAAUUUGGGAACUCAUCCACUCUGAGUACUUCUCUGAGGGGAAGAGGAAGGAGCUGAUGGAGAUGUACAGGCGGAAGGAAAUUGACAUGACGAUCAUCAUCACAAGAAUCACCACAGUCAUUGAACAAACUGAGAGCCAGGAAAGUACUGUCAGUUCCUGCAUUGUUCUUCCCACUCAGAGCACGCAGGCUUGCACUGCCGAAGAGACUGAAGCAGCCUUUCGAGAGAGAACGCUCUGCUUCUCAAUCUGGUAUCUCAUUCAUUCCAAACUUUUCACUGAAGAGGAGUGUAGAACGUUGAUGGAGAAAUACAGAAGGAAGGAGAUUGACCUGGAGUCUGUGAUCAGAACCAUCACCCGUCUCAUAGAGCAGACACAAACCCUGGUGGACACUUCCAUUACAUUCUCUGGCCUACGAGCAGAAAUCUCUCUGCAGGAACUUGUGGAGUCAGAGAUCAUCGAUCAGAAGACAUUGCUGGAGCUGCAGGAGGGGAAGAAGACCGUGCAAGAUGUGAGUGAGCAAGAUUCAGUGAAGAUUUACCUCAAGGGUUCAGAUAGCAUUGCAGGGAUCCUUGUGGAGUCGACCAACGAGAAGAUGAGCAUCUACCAGGCCAUGAAGAAGCAUCUGCUGAUGCCUGGAACGGCCUUGAUCCUCUUAGAAGCUCAGGCAGCGACCGGCUUUGUCAUUGACCCGGUGAAGAACGUGAAACUGACGGUCGAUGAGGCGGUUGAGAGCCGCCUCGUUGGCAAAGAGCUCCACCAGAAGCUGCUGUCGGCAGAAAGGGCAGUCACUGGUUACAAAGAUCCCUACACGGGCAACGUGAUCUCCUUGUUCCAGGCACUGCAGAAGGAUCUGAUCGUCAAGGACCAUGGCAUCCGCCUGCUGGAGGCACAGAUUGCCACGGGAGGCAUCAUUGACCCAGUGCACAGCCAUCGCCUUCCCGUCGAAGUGGCGUAUAGGAGAGGAAUGUUUGAUGAUCACAUGAACAAGGUUCUCUCUGAUGCUGGUGAUGACACCAAAGGCUUCUUCGACCCCAAUACAAAAGAGAACCUGACCUACCUGCAGCUGAAGCAGAGAUGUGUGAGUGACCAAGACACUGGGCUGAGCUUGCUAAAGAUUACAAAUGGAGGAGUGAAGAAUCGGCAAGGCUACAGCAUUGGAGAAAUAGAGAGUGCUUUUAAGCGGGAGACAAUGAAUGUUUCAUAUGGCAGGUUCAAGGGGAAGUCUGUCACAAUUUGGGAACUCAUCCACUCUGAGUACUUCUCUGAGGAGAAGAGGAAGGAGCUGAUGGAGAUGUACAGGCGGAAGGAAAUUGACAUGACGAUCAUCAUCACAAGAAUCACCACAGUCAUUGAACAAACUGAGAGCCAGGAAAGUACUGUCAGUUCCUGCGUUGUUCUUCCCACUCAGAGCACGCAGGCUUACACUGUCGAAGAGACUGAAGCAGCCUUUCGAGAGAGAACGCUCUGCUUCUCAAUCUGGUACCUCAUUCAUUCCAAACUUUUCACUGAAGAGGAGUGUAGAACGUUGAUGGAGAAAUACAGAAGGAAGGAGAUUGACCUGGAGUCUGUGAUCAGAACCAUCACCCGUCUCAUAGAGCAGACACAAACCCUGGUGGACACUUCCAUUACAUUCUCUGGCCUACGAGCAGAAAUCUCUCUGCAGGAACUUGUGGAGUCAGAGAUCAUUGAUCAGAAGACAUUGCUGGAGCUGCAGGAGGGGAAGACGACCGUGCAAGAUGUGAGUGAGCAAGAUUCAGUGAAGAUCUACCUCCAGGGUUCAGACAGCAUUGCAGGGAUCCUUGUGGAGUCGACCAACGAGAAGAUGAGCAUCUACCAGGCCAUGAAGAAGCAUCUGCUGAUGCCUGGAACGGCCUUGAUCCUCUUAGAAGCUCAGGCAGCGACCGGCUUUGUCAUUGACCCGGUGAAGAACGUGAAACUGACGGUCAAUGAGGCAGUUGAGAGCUGUCUCAUUGGCAAAGAGCUCCACCAGAAGCUGCUGUCGGCAGAAAGGGCAGUCACCGGUUACAAAGAUCCCUACACGGGCAACGUGAUCUCCUUGUUCCAGGCACUGCAGAAGGAUCUGAUCGUCAAGGACCAUGGCAUCCGCCUGCUGGAGGCACAGAUUGCCACGGGAGGCAUCAUUGACCCAGUGCACAGCCAUCGCCUUCCCGUCGAAGUGGCGUAUAGGAGAGGAAUGUUUGAUGAUCAGAUGAACAAGGUUCUCUCUGAUGCUGGUGAUGACACCAAAGGCUUCUUCGACCCCAAUACAAAAGAGAACCUGACCUACCUGCAGCUGAAGCAGAGAUGUGUGAGUGACAAAGACACCGGGCUGAGCUUGCUAAAGAUUACAAAUGGAGGAGUGAAGAAUCGGCAAGGCUACAGCAUUGGAGAAAUAGAGAGUGCUUUUAAGAGGGAGACAAUGAAUGUUUCAUAUGGCAGGUUCAAGGGGAAGUCUGUCACAAUUUGGGAACUCAUCCACUCUGAGUACUUCUCUGAGGAGAAGAGGAAGGAGCUGAUGGAGAUGUACAGGCGGAAGGAAAUUGACAUGACGAUCAUCAUCACAAGAAUCACCUCAGUCAUUGAACAAACUGAGAGCCAGGAAAGUACUGUCAGUUCCUGCAUUGUUCUUCCCACUCAGAGCACGCAGGCUUGCACUGCCGAAGAGACUGAAGCAGCCUUUCGAGAGAGAACGCUCUGCUUCUCAAUCUGGUAUCUCAUUCAUUCCAAACUUUUCACUGAAGAGGAGUGUAGAACGUUGAUGGAGAAAUACAGAAGGAAGGAGAUUGACCUGGAGUCUGUGAUCAGAACCAUCACCCGUCUCAUAGAGCAGACACAAACCCUGGUGGACACUUCCAUUACAUUCUCUGGCCUACGAGCAGAAAUCUCUCUGCAGGAACUUGUGGAGUCAGAGAUCAUUGAUCAGAAGACAUUGCUGGAGCUGCAGGAGGGGAAGAAGACCGUGCAAGAUGUGAGUGAGCAAGAUUCAGUGAAGAUCUACCUCAAGGGUUCAGACAGCAUUGCAGGGAUCCUUGUGGAGUCGACCAACGAGAAGAUGAGCAUCUACCAGGCCAUGAAGAAGCAUCUGCUGAUGCCUGGAACGGCCUUGAUCCUCUUAGAAGCUCAGGCAGCGACCGGCUUUGUCAUUGACCCGGUGAAGAACGUGAAACUGACGGUCGAUGAGGCGGUUGAGAGCUGUCUCAUUGGCAAAGAGCUCCACCAGAAGCUACUGUCUGCAGAAAGGGCAGUCACUGGUUACAAAGAUCCCUACACGGGCAACGUGAUCUCCUUGUUCCAGGCACUGCAGAAGGAUCUGAUCGUCAAGGACCAUGGCAUCCGCCUGCUGGAGGCACAGAUUGCCACGGGAGGCAUCAUUGACCCAGUGCACAGCCAUCGCCUUCCCGUCGAAGUGGCGUAUAGGAGAGGAAUGUUUGAUGAUCACAUGAACAAGGUUCUCUCUGAUGCUGGUGAUGACACCAAAGGCUUCUUCGACCCCAAUACAAAAGAGAACCUGACCUACCUGCAGCUGAAGCAGAGAUGUGUGAGUGACAAAGACACCGGGCUGAGCUUGCUAAAGAUUACAAAUGGAGGAGUGAAGAAUCGGCAAGGCUACAGCAUUGGAGAAAUAGAGAGUGCUUUUAAGCGGGAGACAAUGAAUGUUUCAUAUGGCAGGUUCAAGGGGAAGUCUGUCACAAUUUGGGAACUCAUCCACUCUGAGUACUUCUCUGAGGAGAAGAGGAAGGAGCUGAUGGAGAUGUACAGGCGGAAGGAAAUUGACAUGACGAUCAUCAUCACAAGAAUCACCACAGUCAUUGAACAAACUGAGAGCCAGGAAAGUACUGUCAGUUCCUGCGUUGUUCUUCCCACUCAGAGCACGCAGGCUUACACUGUCGAAGAGACUGAAGCAGCCUUUCGAGAGAGAACGCUCUGCUUCUCAAUCUGGUACCUCAUUCAUUCCAAACUUUUCACUGAAGAGGAGUGUAGAACGUUGAUGGAGAAAUACAGAAGGAAGGAGAUUGACCUGGAGUCUGUGAUCAGAACCAUCACCCGUCUCAUAGAGCAGACACAAACCCUGGUGGACACUUCCAUUACAUUCUCUGGCCUACGAGCAGAAAUCUCUCUGCAGGAACUUGUGGAGUCAGAGAUCAUUGAUCAGAAGACAUUGCUGGAGCUGCAGGAGGGGAAGACGACCGUGCAAGAUGUGAGUGAGCAAGAUUCAGUGAAGAUCUACCUCAAGGGUUCAGACAGCAUUGCAGGGAUCCUUGUGGAGUCGACCAACGAGAAGAUGAGCAUCUACCAGGCCAUGAAGAAGCAUCUGCUGAUGCCUGGAACGGCCUUGAUCCUCUUAGAAGCUCAGGCAGCGACCGGCUUUGUCAUUGACCCGGUGAAGAACGUGAAACUGACGGUCGAUGAGGCGGUUGAGAGCUGUCUCGUUGGCAAAGAGCUCCACCAGAAGCUGCUGUCGGCAGAAAGGGCAGUCACUGGUUACAAAGAUCCCUACACGGGCAACGUGAUCUCCUUGUUCCAGGCACUGCAGAAGGAUCUGAUCGUCAAGGACCAUGGCAUCCGCCUGCUGGAGGCACAGAUUGCCACGGGAGGCAUCAUUGACCCAGUGCACAGCCAUCGCCUUCCCGUCGAAGUGGCGUAUAGGAGAGGAAUGUUUGAUGAUCAGAUGAACAAGGUUCUCUCUGAUGCUGGUGAUGACACCAAAGGCUUCUUCGACCCCAAUACAAAAGAGAACCUGACCUACCUGCAGCUGAAGCAGAGAUGUGUGAGUGACAAAGACACUGGGCUGAGCUUGCUAAAGAUUACAAAUGGAGGAGUGAAGAAUCGGCAAGGCUACAGCAUUGGAGAAAUAGAGAGUGCUUUUAAGAGGGAGACAAUGAAUGUUUCAUAUGGCAGGUUCAAGGGGAAGUCUGUCACAAUUUGGGAACUCAUCCACUCUGAGUACUUCUCUGAGGAGAAGAGGAAGGAGCUGAUGGAGAUGUACAGGCGGAAGGAAAUUGACAUGACGAUCAUCAUCACAAGAAUCACCUCAGUCAUUGAACAAACUGAGAGCCAGGAAAGUACUGUCAGUUCCUGCAUUGUUCUUCCCACUCAGAGCACGCAGGCUUGCACUGCCGAAGAGACUGAAGCAGCCUUUCGAGAGAGAACGCUCUGCUUCUCAAUCUGGUAUCUCAUUCAUUCCAAACUUUUCACUGAAGAGGAGUGUAGAACGUUGAUGGAGAAAUACAGAAGGAAGGAGAUUGACCUGGAGUCUGUGAUCAGAACCAUCACCCGUCUCAUAGAGCAGACACAAACCCUGGUGGACACUUCCAUUACAUUCUCUGGCCUACGAGCAGAAAUCUCUCUGCAGGAACUUGUGGAGUCAGAGAUCAUUGAUCAGAAGACAUUGCUGGAGCUGCAGGAGGGGAAGAAGACCGUGCAAGAUGUGAGUGAGCAAGAUUCAGUGAAGAUCUACCUCAAGGGUUCAGACAGCAUUGCAGGGAUCCUUGUGGAGUCGACCAACGAGAAGAUGAGCAUCUACCAGGCCAUGAAGAAGCAUCUGCUGAUGCCUGGAACGGCCUUGAUCCUCUUAGAAGCUCAGGCAGCGACCGGCUUUGUCAUUGACCCGGUGAAGAACGUGAAACUGACGGUCGAUGAGGCGGUUGAGAGCUGUCUCAUUGGCAAAGAGCUCCACCAGAAGCUACUGUCUGCAGAAAGGGCAGUCACUGGUUACAAAGAUCCCUACACGGGCAACGUGAUCUCCUUGUUCCAGGCACUGCAGAAGGAUCUGAUCGUCAAGGACCAUGGCAUCCGCCUGCUGGAGGCACAGAUUGCCACGGGAGGCAUCAUUGACCCAGUGCACAGCCAUCGCCUUCCCGUCGAAGUGGCGUAUAGGAGAGGAAUGUUUGAUGAUCACAUGAACAAGGUUCUCUCUGAUGCUGGUGAUGACACCAAAGGCUUCUUCGACCCCAAUACAAAAGAGAACCUGACCUACCUGCAGCUGAAGCAGAGAUGUGUUAAGGAUCCUCUGACUGAUCUGUAUUUUCUGUUAUUGAGAAGAUAAAUGAAUCUAAUAAAUUUUGUUUGUUGAUUUUCA